AACCAAGCCGAGGCUUCAAAACCUCUCUCGCAUUUUAGCAGUCUAGAGAAUAGCACGUCUACUGGUUCAGCGCUGAUCAGUUAGACUAGGCUACACGUUCAACUAGAUCAUCUCGACCAGCAGAUUAAACACUUAAAAUGUCGUCACUUAAAGCUGAAACUAACCCAGAGAAGCCGGGAGCCGAAGUGACUCCAGUUCACAGGAUCAGGAUUACCUUGACCUCUCGACACGUGCGCUCUCUUGAGAAAGUUUGCUCGGAAUUGAUCCAACGUGGCAAGAAGCAAAAGCUGAAGGUCAAAGGACCUGUAAGAAUGCCAACGAAAAUCCUGAGGAUCACCACCAGGAAGACACCUUGUGGUGAAGGUUCUAAGACUUGGGAUCGUUUCCAAAUGCGCAUUCACAAAAGAGUAAUCGAUCUGUACUCUCCAUCAGAAAUCGUUAAACAGAUCACCAGCAUCAGUAUUGAACCUGGUGUAGAAGUCGAGGUAACCAUUGCCAACGACUAAGGAAUUUGUAAUAUAAUUUCUUACAAUUUUGAAUAAAUUGAAAAAAAUCAAUAUUUAA